GGCAAUUGCAAGGAUCGGAGGCAUGAGCGCCGAGACGACGGGGCUCCUCCAGACGACGACGACGCCGGCCAAGACGUCCAUCAUCCUCAGCGUCUGCUCCUUCAUCCUCGUCACCGAGUUUUGCGAGCGCUUUGCCUACUAUGGCUUCACGGGGUCGCUGCCCAUCUUCUUCCGCAAGAACCUCGGGUUUAGCUCGGUGCUUGCGACGGAGCUCAACUCGGUCUUCUCGUGCGUCACGUACAUCACACCGCUCCUCGGCGCGUAUGUGGCCGACAAGCUCCUCGGCCGCUUCAAGAGCAUUCUCUUCUUCUCGAUCUGGUACAUGCUCGGGCUCAUUCUGUGCACGGUCGCGUCGGCGCCGCCGCUCAUGUCGUCGUCGUGGUUCAUGUUCGGGCUCUUUGGCUGCAUCGCGCUCGGCGUCGGCGGCAUCAAACCCAACGUCGUCGUGCUCGGCGCCGAUCAGUUUGACACGACCGACCCGGCGCAAAAGGCCGAGCGGGACAAAUUCUUCAACUGGUUCUACUGGUCGAUCAACAUUGGCGCGACCUUUAGCACCGUCUUCUUGACCAACCUCGCGGUCGACGGCUACGCGCCGUACAUUCCGGUCGAGUACGGCUUCUUUGCCUCGUUCCUCAUCCCUACGAUCGCCUUUGGCUUGGCGCUCGUCAUCUUUGUCUCGGGCCGGAAGCGCUACGUGCGCAAGCCGCCGCAGGGCAGCGCGCUGAGCCGCUUUGUGCAGAUCCUCCUCUUUGCCGGGUCGCGCUCCGGAAAAGGUCGGCUCGUGCUCUCGGGUGGCUUUGCCUUUCUGCCCGCGAUCAUCCUCACGACCGCCUCGUACUUUGUCGACGAGCCGAAGUGGCACCUCGCCCUUGCGCUCGCUGGCGCCGCGCUCGUUGUCUAUGGCACGCUCGUGCUCAUCGCGACGGGGCGCAACACGGACUGGGUGCGUGCGGCGGCGAUUGAGAACGGCGGCGACUGCAGCCUCGCCGAGACGCGGGAGGUCGGCCAAGUGCUCCGCCUCUCGCCUUACUUUGGCUUUCUCAUCGUGUUUUGGGCCGUGUACAGCCAGCAGACGAUGAACUUUAUCUUGCAAGGCUGCCAAAUGGACCUCCGCGUCGGCGAGACCCAAGUGUCGUCGGCGAUGCUCUCGAUGUUCGACUCGAUCGUCAUCCUCGUCUUUGUGCCCGUCUUCAACCAGUGCUUGUACCCGGCGAUCGAGCGCUGCGGCGUUCGGCUUACCAUUCUGCGCAAGAUGGGAGCCGGCUUGGUGGUUGCCGCGCUCUGCAUGGUGGUUGCUGGCGCCAUCGAAGUCGCCCGGAAGGACGCGCCGCUGCUCGAGGGGCUCAGCUCCAACUGCGCCGACGCGUCCGAGCGACUGCCCAUGUCGGCGAUCAGCGUCUGGUGGCAGACGCCGCAGUACCUUCUCGUCGGCGUCGCCGAGAUCCUCGUGAGCAUUCCUUCGUACGAUCUCUUUUACUCGGAGGUGCCCGAGUCCAUGCGCAGCGUGUGCCAAGCGCUCAACCUCCUCACGACGACGCUCGGGUCGGUCGUUGCCGGUGGCGUCAACAGCAUUUUUUCGUUUUGGGUCACGACCAACCUCAACGACGGGUCGCUCGAGCUUGUCUUUUACAUCCUCGCCGGCCUCGUUCUCCUCAACCUGCUGGGCUUUAUUCUCGUCGCCCGCGGCUUCGAGUACCACGUGCCCGACCACUCGAAGCUCGACCUGGUCUCGGGCUACUCGCCGGCGCUGCCCCGUGCGACGCGUCGGUCGCGCAAGCCGUCCGGUGUCGUCUAAUAAGUUGCAUGAAAGUAAAAUGGAGUAUUGGACU